GCGCAUUUGCACUGCUAGCGAUCAGAUGGACGCGAAACACCGUCGCGGGUGCAGCUCUUUGAACACCCCUCGCACCCGGCUGGACUUAGCACUCCCCCUAUACGGUAUAUAUCCAACAGCAUCCACUGAUUUUCCAUCAGAGUGAAUUCGCGUCUUGUAGCUGCAAGAUGUGUCGCCUGUAGUAGUUAGUUAACUGCUGUGGUGUUGCCAGUUUGAAUGAAUGAAAUUAGUUGAUGUUUAAUGUGGAACUUGGAAGAGUGUGUUAGUAGUAGCUGCAAAUUGUUCUUCGGACCACGGCAGCGAUUGCUGUACCUGUGGUUGGCCAAAACUGUGAUUCUUCUACUAGUUUUACUCUGCGAUGCUAAGAUAUUUAACGCACAAACUUCGCACUCAGUCACUAAAUGAAAGCGAAGCGUACCAUGUCAAGAUUCUUAUGUGAUAAACCGAGUAUUGGGCGAGAGGCACUGACUCAGACCUGUUUUGCAGAUACUGGAUUCAUCUAUUUGACAGAUGAUGAUAGAGAUUCAGGGACCGAGUCAGAUGACGAAGGUGCUGAAAUCGAAGAGCUCCAAAAAUAUAUGGAGAGUAUCAUCCGCCUCGACAGUAACCGUCACAGCGAUCACAGACGAUCCAAAAGACAGCCAACACCUCACCAGCAGGUGACGACCAGUGACGAGGGAGGAGGUGGUCAGCCCCCUUCCCCUCCCCGCCACCGCCCCCACCACCCUCACAGACGGCGGACGACGAGCAACCGCUCUCCCGACGCUGCGGCCUUAGAUUCCGCGCUGCCCUCGGAUAGUGACCACAACUUUGACCACCACAGCUCCGAGGAGGAGCUCGAGGUGAUCAACAGCCUCCACCACCACCCAGAGAAGCGCAAAUGGAAUGGUGGUGGUGGCAGCGCAGACGAGGACGAUGAGUUCCUCUGCUGCCCCGUCGAAUUUAGGACUUCGCCGCCGGCCCACGUCCACAAACCCAGCAAGUGUCUCCGCCAGGCGCACAUCCCCCCGCACGAGCUGUGCUCGGUGUCGCCCAGGAAGAGGCACCGUAGGACACCCACGGCCAUCCAGCGACCGUGUCUGGACUUUGAAAAAAUGCAACAGAUUAACAGGGUGCGUCUGCUGUGAGCUGAGGUAUUGACCGUCUUCUCUUUCUGCCUUUUUCAAAUGUGUUUAUCUGAAUCUCUCAUCGUUGUAUUGUUCCGUCGGAAUGACGUCAUCCCACCAGCGGAGACCGUUUUUUCUUCGCUUUCAACAAAAAAGAAAAAAAUGAAUAUAAAGAAGAAAAAAAAAAAAGAACCCAAAGCCAAUUCUUAUACUAAAUGUGUGCGCGCGCGCGAAUGCGAAUGGAUGUCAUUAUAAAACUAAAAAAGAGUUGCCACCGCCAGCUCUGGAACUUUUUGAACACUUUUUUAUAUUUUAUUGUUUUCUAUUUGAAUUGGAUUGGUCAGCUAAUGGGUGUUUAAAGAAUUCUUUUCCUUAAAAAUAGCGAAGGAAUUAUACGCUGUGGUAUAAUUUAAUCGAUAAUGUAACGGCAGACGAUAAAAAAAAUAACUUUCCGAGAUUAAAUUAUAAAAAAAAAUAAUAAUAAUCAAAAAAAAUUGGAAUUGUUCUUGAACACUUUAUUAUAUUCUGUAAAUUUUAUUGCGAACAAUUUGAAAUUCAAUAUUGUAUAAAAAUUAAUUUCAUUUGUAAUUUAAUUAAUAGCAUUUAUUGAAUGCCAGUCUAUAUGCAAACAAUUUAUUUUCUUCGCAAAAAUAAAUAAAAAUUCUGGCAUUGUUUCUCAUUAUCGUCUACUGCUGCAGAAAAGAGAAAUGAUAAUUUUAUUUUUCAAUAUUUGAAACCUAUUGUGGCUGCUUUAAAUAUAAAUGGUCUUUUUUAAUAUCUGUAGUGUGUUAAUAUCGUUGUAAGAAUGGUAUAUGUCAUGUAUUUAUAGAGAAUAUAAUAGUGUCGCAUUGAAGGCGUUUUUAUAUUUCCAUAAUGUUUAUGCACAAUGUUUACAUUUUGACAUAUGUUUAUAAACAUGAAAUUAAAAAAAUUAACUUGAGUGUCGCAAAUCAAUUGAAAUAUUUUUGUACACCUUUGAUUUAUCCUGUAUUCUUUUAUUAUUUUGUAGUAAUAUUUUCAAAUAAUAGCUCUGCGAACUGUGUACUUUAUUUUAAAGUAUUAAAAUUUCUUUAAGAAGGCGUUAGAAAAUUAUAGUUGAAUAAGAGAUUUAUAAACAGAAAAAAAAAAUGUAUUGUGUUUUGAAAAACUGUUAUAUAAAUAUUACCUUUCUGCAUAACCAAACAAAAAUAAAUAUUACCAUUAUUUAUUUUUUUUAAUUUAGCAAUAUAAAAUUUAUGUUGAAAAAAUCAGUAAAGUUGUUUUUAUGAAUAUUACAUCUUAAAUUGUUAUUGUAAAUUAAUGAAUAUACUUUAAAAUUUAAUUUCCCUAAAGUAAUUAAAAAUUGCAGUGCUAUUUCCGUGCAAUUUCAACUAAAAUGGGAUCAAAUAUAUAAAGAAAAAGAAUAUAUUAUCGAAUGACAAAUACCAUUCUUAAAUUAAGAAACUUUCUUGAAUUUCUACAUUAUCUUGAUAUUAAAUGUCGCUAUACAUAUUACGAUAAAGAUUAGAUUUGUUUCUUAUUCGAAAUUCAAGAAAUAAUGUAUACAAAACAUCUUUUUUGUGAUAUGGUGUUAUAAUAUAAACAAGUGUCUUAAUUUCAUUGCCUUUUUUAUUUUUGAUAAUGCAGGGAAGAUGUUUAUUUUUUUGAUUAGAUACAGUUCGUAGUGCCUUCUUGUUUAACAUCUUCUGGAACGAGUACAAAAAUUCGUGUAUUUUUUUGUGAUUCCCAAAAGUGCUUAUUUGCACGAAAAAUAAAAUGUUGAGGGUGAAACAUUCCUUGGCUACAUCUGCGCCAUCUAGCGGGUACUAAAAUAACAUCUGUUAAAAGAACUGUUUUUCAGAUUGUUUUUAAAGUUUAGAUAUCAUAUAUGAAAAUUUGUGAUAUUAAAAUAUGGUGCAUUAAUAUUAAUAUUAAUUAAUAUUUUCAAAUAAUUUUUGUUUGAUUGUUUUACAAGAUUAAAGAACUUAAUAUAAACAAAUUACAAAAAUUGAUUCGUUUAUUUAUUCGUUUAUUCAUUCAGUUUUGAAAGAUCUUUAUAAAAACGCUUACAUUUCUAGAAAAUAAAACUGAAUCAGAAAAGAUAUUAUUGCCGUAUUUAUAGAAAUAUUUUAACUUAUUUUAAGAAAUUUUCUCUGUCUAUUUUGUGGCAAAAUGGUGCAGAUAAAAUGCUGAAUAAUGUUUCCCCUGAACAUUACUUAAUAUUUAUAUGAAAUAAAACCAAAGAUUUAAAGUACUUAAUUGAACUGAAUAACCAGAAUUUAAUAUCACAAUUUCAUGAAAUAAAUUCAAGCUAAUUAAUUUAAUGUACAAAUUGCAUUAUUUAAUAAAAUAUAAUGGAGCUAAUUCAUGCUAUCUAAUAGUCAUAUGAAAAGCUUAAAUUUUCAUUUGAUUGAAUAGUUAUAAAAUACUUUUAUUGCCUUUUAAUAAUGCAGCGUGUUGUUAACUAUUUGACAAACUGCGCAUGCACGUGUUUUCUAAUUUCAUACUUUCUUCUAAAACGCUGUAUUUAUAUUUUGGUUAAUUUUCUUUAAUAAAUGUUUUUAUUGUUUUAAAGGGAAAAAUAAAGCAUAUUGUCAUAUCUAAGGAUUUUUCAACUUACUACUUAAAUAAUCUUCAAUGAUUAAAAGCUUGAUAUGUGAAAAUUUGAAAAAAAGAUUUUAAGCUCAUACGUCACUCUGAAUUCUUUCAAGCUUAAAGAAUGUUGCAACACAUUAGUGGCCAUAUUUAUUAAAUAAUUUACAAAAAAAUUAAUUAAAUACAUAAUUUAAAAUUAAUUAAAUAUAUUUAAAAAAAUUCGAAAGGCGAUUGAGUAAAAAAAAGAUUUUAAGCUCAUACGUCACUCUGAAUUCUUUCAAGCUUAAAGAAUGUUGCAACACAUUAGUGGCCAUAUUUAUUAAAUAAUUUACAAAAAAAUUAAUUAAAUACAUAAUUUAAAAUUAAUUAAAUAUAUUUAAAAAAUUCGAAAGGCGAUUGAGUAAUAUAAAUUGAAUUUUGAUUUUGAUGGUCAAAAAUAAUUUAUAAAAUAAAAAUUUAAUUGAAUAAUUUAUUUAUUAUUAUUUUUUAAUUUUGAAUUUUGACUUAAGAAAUUUAAGAAAAUAAAUAUAAAGCAAAAUAAUUAAAUAUAGAAAAAUUAAAUACAUAAAUACGUAAUAAAAAUAUUUAAUAAAUAUAAAAUUAAAUAAUAUGAAGUGAAAUAAUUGAAUAUGAAAGAAAAAAAAAACACUAUUGUUAGUAUUAGCAUAUGUUCAGAGAAUUCCCAAUUUUAAAUGACGAGACGCAGUUUAAGUGUAUUUUGAGAAUAUGGUUUGACUCCAUUACUUUAAAUUCUUCUUUAAACUGUGUUAAUUUUUAAAUUUUUAAUUUUUUUAUGAGAAAUUGAAAUUUUUUCACUUCCAUCCUUAAACAUUUUCUAAAAUUAACAUAAAUCUUUCUAUUUGUGUAGUUUUUUUUUUGUAUUAAUUUAUUUAAAAAAUUCUGUCAUAUUCAGGUUAUUCAAUUCAAUUGCACGUCAAACAUGUACGUUUGAGGGGGUAAACAAUUUAAAAAUGUGUGCUAUAUUGAGAUUUUUCAAAACUAUGUAUAUAAGUCCCUUAUAUUUUUUGAAAUUGUACAGUUAUAUAUAACAAAUGAGAAUAGUAGGUUCAGACUCUUUUACUAUAUCGUAACUUUAAUAAUAAUGCGCAAGAAAAUACAGUUAAAUGUUCGUUAGUAGAAACUAUAAUUGUCUGGCAUGCAUUUUAUAUGUGGAAGAAAAAAAAAGCGAAGAAAAUCUCACUUUUAUAUGACGACAAUUAAAAAUAAAAAUUACUUGGAAAUCUGAUUUUAUUCAAUAUAUGAUAUCCCAAAAAAUGUUCCCAAUGUAUUUCAUUCCUCUUGUUAUAUAUACAUUCCUUUAUGGUUUUAAUAAUGUUAACAAUACGUGUUAACAAUUAUGUUAUGUUUUCAACUGUAUAUUUUGAUCUCUACAGAAUUAUAGUUUGAUAUUAACAAAGGCAUUCAUCUUGAAUGAGUUAUAAAACUUUAUAAAUUAUGUUUUGCUUUUAUUGAAAAUGGUUUUCGAUUGUGAAAAUUUAGUAGAUCAUCUCUAAUCCGAAUAUCAUUAAUCAAAGAAUAUCUUAAUGUUUUUUUUAUGAUAUUACAUUUUAAUUGUUAUAAUUUAAUCAAUUUAAAUUUCCCUUUCAAAAGCAAUUAUAAAUUCAGAUUGCUAGAAAAAUUCAGAAGCAAAUUACAUGAUGAUUUAUGAUUGUGUCAAACAGUAAAGAAAUAAGUUUAAUUGAAUGCAGCUAAAGAAAUUAAUUAUCAACAAAUAUUUUGAAAGCAUUUUACAUUUUUUUUCUAUCAUUUUAAAACUAUACUAAUAAUAAUAUACAAUUGAUGUUAGUUUCAUUUCGGAUCAUUGAUGUUCUAUUAUUCCAAAAAAUGCCUUGUAUAUAUUUAGUUUAUGAUUAAAUGUUUGCUUUUUUUAAGUAGAAUUUCAAAUGUCGUCAUAUAAUUGUGGAAUUUAACUUUCCAAAACCUACUUAUUAACCACGGGCAUUAUAUGUAUUUCAUCCUAUGUAUUUAGAACUAACUCUGUGACCAACAAUGGAGCAUGAUCACCGCAUUAGCUGACCAAAUAUGGCGGUCGUGUGGCUGUGUAAUUUACCCUGUUUGUGUGUCUGUCUGUAUGUGUGUGUGUGAGUGUGAGGAAAAUAUAAUUUUGUUGUUUUUUAUUAUUAUUUUUAAUCCGUCUUGUCCGAACUCAUUUAAACUCAUUGGUCGACCUACACGAACUUAGAUCAAUACAAAGCCGCUAAGAUGCACAAGAAUCGGUUUUACUCAGCUUAUAAAUAAGGGGAAAAAACAGAAAAUGGAAAAUAAAAAAAAAAAGUGCGAAUAAAUUUUUUUUUGUGGAUUGACGGAUAAACACCGUUUUCAUUGCUAAGUAUGCGACAGAUGUGUUGUUAUAUAUAUAUUAUACAUAAAUAUAUAUAUACAUGUCCGUUUUGGGUCAGUUAAUUGUCACCUGUAGCACUUAGCAAUAUUAAACACAUUCAGUAGUAAGAA